AUUCAACUGUCCAAACCAACAACGAAAACAACAACAACAACUAAACGAAAAAAUUUAAAACUUUUCUAUUACAACAAUGAAUCAAUUGGUUGCUAUCAUUUUCUUUGCUCUUGUUGCCAUUUCUACAACAAUUAGUGCUACAAAUCACGGUGACGGAGGUCAGAGUAAAAUUUAUCGAAACCAAGAUGUGAGUGGAAAAUACAAUUUUGGUUAUGAUAUCAAUGAUCCUUGGGGAUCAUCCAACUACCGACAAGAAUCUGGUGAUGGUUGGGGUAAUGUCCACGGUUCAUAUGGACUUAAACUUGCCGAUGGUCGUCACCGAACUGUUAACUAUAUUGCCGAUAAAAGUGGAUUCCGAGUUAAAUUGGACUCAAACGAACCAUCUGUUGACUCAAUCGACUCUGCUGAUGCCAUUUACAAUGGUGCUGAUCCUUCUGGUCACAGUUACACUAAUAUUAUCUCAGGAAACAAGGAAACCCAACACCGAAACCAAUAUCAAAACCAAUACCAACAUGGUCCAUACCACGGACAGAAUCACGAUUCAUGGAAUAACAAAGAUUCAUGGAAACAACAAAACAAACACGACAAUUGGGCCAAAAAUUAAGUUCCUUUCGUAAUAAUCUGUCUUCCCCUUCGAAACUCUAAUUAUUGUCAAUCUCCUUCUUCUAUCAGGAGCUUAAUGUACAUUUUAUUUAUUCCGAUUUCUAAACCUCUUCAUUGUCUUUUACAAAAGCAUCAUUAACAUGAUCUCUGUAACUCAAUUGUCCAACAAUUCCAAUAAAAACACAUCCCAAGCACGAGCUUCAUUGA